UACCAUAUACACACACGACUCAUGCGUGAAGUAAAUGUGAAGAAACACUUCCUUUUGUUAAUGAAUCUAUUCGUUUAGUAAAUAAAGUUUUAAUUAAAAUAAAUGAUAAUGAGUGACGAUGAUCGUGAUAUCGAUAUUGAAAGUGAUGAAGAAGAUUCGGAUUCAAGAUCCCAGCCUAGGCAGAAUUCUGGAAGUCAAUAUUUUUCACAGGCGGAAAAAAGGGCACAUCACAACGCAUUGGAACGAAAGCGACGUGAUCAUAUAAAAGACAGUUUUAGCAGUUUACGUGAUGCGGUACCGUCUUUACAAGGAGAAAAAGUGGCUAGUCGUGCACAAAUAUUGAAGAAAGCUGCUGAAUAUAUUCAAUUCAUGCGACGAAAAAAUAAUUCACAUCAACAGGAUAUUGAUGAUCUCAAACGGCAGAAUAAUCUAUUAGAAUCUCAAAUACGGACGUUAGAAAAAGCACGUGCAACCGGUAAUUUUGCUGUAGAAGCAAGUGAAAGUGGUAAAGUUGGCUUAGAUGAUGGUGUUUAUCAUCCUGGUGAAACAGAAAGUGACACGUCGGAUACAGAAGGAACAGUUAUGCCACCAAUGCCCCGACGAGGUCCAAAAAAAUUAAAAGUCGCCAGUGUAUAUCAUUAAUAGUAUAUAUAUAUUGCACAAAUAUGUAAAAUUAUUAAA